AUGGAGGAUGAUUUCAAGUCUGAGUCAUCAUCUUCCUUUGCACUUCAAGGCUCUACAGAGACAUUGUUUUCUAUUCAGCUAUUAGAUUUCAAAACAAGUUUGCUGGAAGCUUUGGAAGAAUUACGUAUGAGAAGGGAAGCAGAAACACAAUAUGAAGAGCAUAUUGGUAAAAUUAUUGUGGAGAUGCAAGAACUUAAAUGGCAAAAAGAAACUCUUCAGAAUCAAAAGGAGACCUUAGCAAAGCAGCACAAAGAAGCAAUGGCAGUUUUAAGAAAGCAGUUACAAAUGAAGGUGUGUGCCUUAGAAGAAGAAAGGGGAAAAUACCAACUUGCUACAGAAAUAAAAGAGAAAGAAAUAGAAGGAUUGAAGGAAACAUUAAAAGAAUUACAGGUUUCUAAAUAUUCUUUACAGAAGAAAGUGAAUGAAAUGGAGCAAAAGGUUCAGUUGCAUCUCCUGGCUAAAGAAGAUCAUCACAGGCAACUGAGUGAAAUUGAGAAAUACUGUGCCACUGUAACAAGUCAGUUUGCAUCGGUAAAAGAGAACCAUGAAAAGUUAGAAAAAAAUGUACAGGAAGCAAUACAGUUAAACAAAAAAUUGUCUGCUUUAAAUAAAAAGCAAGAAUCUGAGGUAUCCAGUUUAAAGAAGGAACUUAAAAAAGUAACUUCAGACUUAAUAAAAUCCAAGGUCACAUGUCAGUAUAACAUGGGAGAAGAAAGCAUCAGUCUGACAGUUAUGCAACAAAAACUUCAGGAACUUCAAGAACGACUCAAUAUGGAAGUAGAAUUAAAUAAGAAGAUUAAUGAAGAGAUUACCCAUAUUCAAGAAGAAAAACAGAAUGUCGUAAUUUCUUUUCAGCAUACUCAGCAGUUACUUCAACAGCAGACUCAAGUAAAUACUGAAAUGAAAGCAGAAUUGAAGGUGGUUAAAGAAAAGAAUCAGAUCCUUGAGAGAGAUAAUGAGCUGCAAAGGGAGAAUGUAAGAGAAAAUGAAGAAAAGUUCCUUAAUCUUCAAAAUGAGCAUGAGCAAGCACUAGGAACUUGGAAAAAACAUGUUGAAGAACUUAAUGGAGAAAUUAAUGAGAUUAGAAAUGAAUUAUUGUCACUUAAAGAAACGCAUGUUAAGUUACAAGAACAUUAUAACAAAAUAAGUGAUCAGAAAAAGUUUGAAGAAGACAAGAAAUUUCAGAAUGUUCCAGAAGCAAGUAAUGAAAACAGUAAAACUUCAACUGAAAAAUCAGAAAACAUCAACACAGAGAAAUGUAAUUCUGAACAAGAAGUUAGGGAAAAAAAUAGUUCAAAUUCUGACUUCAGAGAAAGGGAAGAAAAGAAAGAAGGCCUGCCUGCAGAAGAAUCCACUGGAAAAGAUUUACAUCUUCUUGAAAAAUUCUACAAAACCGAAAUUAAUACUACUAUUCCUGUGAAUGAAAAUAGAAGUGGAAUCUCCCUAAGCAAAACAAUCUGCAUGAAUAAAGAAUUAAUUGCUCAUAGACAAACUUUGAAUAUCACAGGUCUUAGAAAAUCAGUUGCUACCGAGAUAAAAGACAAGAUGUGUUUUGUAAAAGACAAUGGAUGUACAGAACUUAAAUCACCAGAUAGUCUUUUUGUAGUGAGUGAUAUAGCAACAGAAACAAAAAUGAUACAUCUAGAAAGUAGAGAAGAAUGGGACCGUCACCAUCUCAAUGUGCAUGUGGAGGUUGCAAACAAUAGAACAUCAUCUGACAGUAGUUUUAAUGAGAUGGCUCACAGUACAAAUCAUAAUAAAGAUGUUUCUGAAAAGGAACUAUUCAAACAACAGUUAAAAUUGUUUCCAAAUACUGGAGAAAACUCUACAAAGAGGGAAAUGACAAAUACUGAACAAACCAAAACAGAUUUGGAUUCAUCUCUAAAUGUAAAAGAGAAUCCAGUUCAGUGUGAGAAGCAUAAUUCACAACAUUCAAGUAGCAUUAUGUUAGCUGAUAAACAAUAUAAAAGGAAACCAAUCCAACUGCUAAAUAAAAACAGCGAGUGCAGCAUACUACCACUUAAACGAACGUCAAGUUUUCAGCAUAUCUGUAAUGAUACUCCAGAAAAUGAUAACCUAAAUAUUUCCUGUGAUUUAGCAAGCAAUUCCCCCAUUUCAUCUGCUGUUUUCCCUGAUAGUUUGAAACUUCUUGAAAAUUCAGAUAAAAGUGUCAAUAUUGUAUCUAUGUCAGUAAAACCCAAGUCAAGCCCUGGGAAGAGAACUACAUGGAAAAAUCUAAAUGAUAUUCAAAGUAGUCAAUUUACAAAUUUUUUUGAAUACCUAGAAAAUAAUAAUGUGACUAUUCCUCAUCUACAGAUUAACAAGGAACAUAAACAUACUUCAGAUAUAAACAUUGCUGUUCAUAGGAAAAUUUCCACAGAAAUAGAGUCUGCUAAUAAAGACAGUCAGAUUGAUGAAGAUCAGCUAAUGGAAGCCACAAAAGAUGACCAACUCCUUUUUGUGAAUAUUAACGAAAGACAGCAUUCACUAUUAAAUAAUACAGAGAAAACAGAGUCAUUACAUAACAUUGGUUCAGAAAAAAAUUAUACUGAAGGACAGCUCGAAGAAUCAUGUUCAUAUCACACAACACCAUCUGGAGAUUUAGUGAACAGAAGUGGAAGGUCAGCCUUUGAUCCUUCAACGUCAGAUAAAAAAAUUGAGAAAACUCCAGUAUAUGUGAAUUUUUUAGACCCUAGUGCUUGGUCAAAAGUAAAUCACACUGAGAGUCAAACGGGGAGGACUUCAACUUCGAGCAUUAUUUUCUUGCCAAAGGAAAGACCAAUAGAUUUAUCUGAAAAUAAAAAGAUUUUUUCUGUAACAGUUGGCAAAAAUGUUGGUGUGGAUGAAGCUAAGAAGGAUGCUGGAGCAGAUACUGCCAGCAUUAACAGAGUUGCUGACACUUUGAAUAAUUCAGGUAUCCAUCCAAAUCCCAAGGGAGAGCUCAGUGAAGAGAGGAAUGCAAUUGCAAAGACUUUUUAUGAUUCUUCUGUUCCCACAGAACACAUGAAAACAAAGCCUCUGAAAUCAAAUAUGCUACAAAAGCCUUUUCAGUCAAUCAAGAUUAAAGAUACUUCUGAUUCAGCUGCUGCUUGCACACAUAAAGACCACUGGCUGGACCUCGUAAUAAAUCAAGUAAAUGAAAUUGAAAAGUUCCUAAACUUAAAAUGUGACAGUCAGCCUAGAAAAAGAAAAGUAGAAGAAAUGUCGGAAAAAGCAGAUUAA